AUGAAGAGCUUAAGGAGGGACUUUUCCUCCAACCCACAAGCCUCCAAUGUCGCCAGCAAAGUCUUUGUGAGGUCCACAAAAAGUGGAAAGGUGCAAAAGAUUGUCCGCGAGCUCUAUCUGCGGCAAGACAUUCCUUGCUCGUCGAAGCUCUGCUCUCUAUGUCCUUCGAUCGCUCCGGCAGAUGCCAAUGGAAACAUUGCGCCAUUCAUCCUCUCCGAACGUCCCGCCGGGACGAAGGCGUUUCCUCGCGGCCACUAUCUCGUACCCGAUACAAAUGCGCUAUUAAAUGGAAUGGAUUUAUUCGAGCAUACUGGCGCAUUCUACGAUGUGAUCAUUUUGCAAACAGUCCUUGAAGAGCUCCGAAACCAAUCGCUCCCUAUCUACAACCGUCUUCUCUCCCUGAUCAAGACCGACGAGAAGCGAUUCUACCUUUUUUUCAACGAAUUCCGCCUGGAGACCCACGUGCGCCGAGAACCGGACGAGUCAAUCAAUGACCGCAACGACCGAGCUGUGCGAACUGUGGCAAGCUGGUAUGGCGAGCAUCUCCGAACAUCCUCGAAGAAGGGCAAGAAAGAAAAGUCAGUGCCUGCAAUCGUGGUUAUUACGGAUGACAAAGAAAACCUUCGAAAAGCCAAAGCUGAAAAUAUCUCUGCUUUGUCGCUUUCGGAUUACGUUGCUGGCUUGGAGGACUCAGAUAAGCUGUUGGAUAUGAUCAGUGAAGCUCGGGAAGCACGAGAUGCGAAGGGCUCGGCUCGUGGGCAGCUCUUUUACCCCGAAUACUACUCCAUGUCGAAGCUCCAGACUGGUAUCCGAGCAGGAACCUUGCACCAAGGAGUGUUCAAUGUUUCACCUUACAACUACUUGGAAGGUUCUGUCAACGUCCCGGCCUUUGACAAACCACUCAUUAUCCUGGGACGUGACAAUAGUAACCGCGCGAUCGCAGGCGAUGUUGUUGUGAUUGAAGUGUUGCCCCAAGAUCAGUGGAAGUCUCCUUCAACAAAGCUUGUAGACGAAGAAGCAGUGACACGGAAUGAUAACCCUGAUACCGAUGACACCGAAGUCGUUGUGACGGACCGUGAGCGCAAGGUUCUUCAAGAGGAAGUCAAGAAGGCCCACGGAAAAAGCUCCGAAGGAAAGCCACAACCCACUGCCAAGGUUGUCGGUAUGAUCAAACGCAAUUGGCGCCAAUACGUGGGACAUGUGGACUCCAACUCUACCGGCGCACAGGCCGCCUCUGGUCGUCGGCAGCAGAAUGUGUUCGUUCUCCCCAUGGACAAGAAAGUCCCCAAGAUACGGCUUCGUACUCGGCAGGCUGGAGAUCUGGUUGGCCACCGUAUCCUUGUGACCAUCGAUGCCUGGGACCGUGAUUCCCGCUACCCAUCGGGUCACUUUAUCCGCUCACUGGGAGAACUCGAGACCAAGGGUGCGGAGACAGAAGCUCUUCUUUUAGAGUACGAUGUGCAAUACAAGCCGUUCCCCAAAUCUGUUUUGGACUGUUUGCCAUCAGAGGGGCAUGGCUGGACUGUGCCUGCCUCGAAAGAGGAUAAGGGCUGGAAUGGCCGACGUGAUCUCCGUGAUCUGCUCAUCUGCAGUAUAGAUCCCCCAGGCUGCCAGGAUAUUGAUGAUGCUCUUCAUGCUCGCGCUCUGCCAAAUGGCAACUUCGAAGUUGGUGUCCAUAUCGCCGAUGUAUCACACUUUGUCAAGCCUGAUAACCCAAUGGACCUUGAAGCAAGUGUUCGCGGAAGUACUGUGUACUUGGUUGAUAAGCGCAUUGACAUGCUUCCACACCUUCUGGGAACGGAUUUGUGCUCACUCAAACCCUAUGUUGAACGUUACGCCUUCUCCGUUAUUUGGGAGCUCACUCCGAAUGCAGAGAUCGUCUCUUCGGACUUCACCAAGUCUGUCAUUCGGUCCCGUGAAGCAUUCAGUUACGAACAAGCCCAGCUACGCAUUGACGAUCCCUCCCAAAAAGAUGAAUUGACCGAGAGCAUGCGGAAUCUCCUGAAGUUCUCCAAGAUCCUCCGCCAGAAGCGUUACGAUGCUGGUGCCCUGAACCUUGCUUCCCCCGAAGUUCGCAUCGAGGCCGAUGCUGACGAAGUCGGUGAUCCUUUGGCGGAUGUCAAAACUAAGUCUAUGCUUGCAACCAACAGCUUGGUUGAAGAGUUCAUGCUUCUCGCCAAUAUCACUGUUGCCUCCAAGAUUUAUGACUCCUUCUCUCAAACCGCCCUACUACGACGACACGCCACUCCUCCGCCGCAAAACUUUGAAGAUCUUAUCAACCAGCUCUCGAAGAAACGCAACAUGGAACUAGACGUUUCCAGCUCAGGAGCCCUUGCCAACUCACUGGACCGCUGUGUCGACCCUGAGAACCCCUUCUUUAACACUCUUGUCCGUAUUUUGGCCACUCGAUGCAUGACUUCUGCCGAAUACUUCUGUGCCGGAGCCCACGCCGAGUCUGAAUUCCGCCAUUACGGUCUUGCUUCGCCCAUCUACACUCACUUCACCUCGCCCAUCCGUCGAUACGCUGAUUUGCUCGUCCACCGACAGUUGGCUUCCGCCAUCGGUUACGAAGGCGAAGAUGGUCACGCCGGACUGGAGGGUAUCGCCUCUCGCAGAAAGCUGGAGGAUAUCUGCCGCAAUAUCAACUAUCGCCACCGUAACGCACAGUUCGCCGGCCGUGCUAGUAUUGAGUACUACGUCGGUCAGGCGCUCAAGGCGCGUGGAGAGAAGAUGGCCGUUGACGGCACCGAUAAGGGUGUUGAUGAAGAGGGCUACGUCAUGCGCGUUUUCGAAAAUGGUGUCGUUGUUUUUGUUCCUCGGUUCGGUAUCGAGGGUGUGGUGCGAUUGGAGGACUUUGUGCUGCCCGGCGAGUCUAGUGGCUGGGAUGCGAAGGAGAGACGAGAGCUUGCGGCACACCGCAGCACUGAAUUCGAUCCUGAGGAGUACACCCUUCGUGUGGGAGAGAAGGGCCACCCAGAGAAGGAACGCGGUGUCUUUGUUGAGCUCUUCCAGAGAGUUCAUGUUAAUGUCAGCUCGGUUAAGGAAGAGGGCCGCGGUGCGGGCAAGCGACGAGUCCGGGUGCUUAUUACUGGUGCGUCGGAUAAAAAAUAG